AUGUCAAACGCAGUCGUCGAGGGCUGGCUUCAGCGAGCGCCGCCGUCGAUCCGUGACGCCUCGCUCCGUGCGCAGCUCGAGCACGUCGUCACGCAGAGUCGCGAGGCGUGUGUGGACGCGCUGCGGAAGCUCGAAAACGCACAGGAGGAGCUUGCCUUCUGUGCAUUCUGGCAGUCGGUGCUGCAGGAGCGCAUCGAGGCGCUGCCAUCCGAGCUUCCCAGCUACGCUCGGAGCCUCAACGAGCAGCAGCGCCGCGCUGCUCUCGCGCCAAUCGACGCGCCGCUCCUCGUUCUGGCGGGCGCCGGCUCCGGAAAGACAGGCGUGAUGGCGGCCCGCGUCCAGCACAUCCUCGCCUCGGGCGUGCCGCCCGCGUCGGUGCUGGCGCUCACCUUCACGCGCGCAGCGGAGACGGCGAUCCGAGAGCGGCUGACCGCCUCUGUGGGCGUCCGCGUGGCAAAGGCGCUGCGCGUCGCCACCUUCCACUCGCUCGCGCUCUCCAUCUGCCGCGAGUUCGCCGCCGCGCUCGAAGGCGGCACCGCCGACUUUGCGCUGGUGACGGGCGCGCAGCAAGUGCGCCUCGUCACCCGCGCCCUCGUAGAGUACCGCAUCGCACGCGCCGCCCGCCCCUCCUCCUCCUCCUCCUCCUCCGGCUCCUCCUCCCCCGACGCGCCCGACGCGAGCCGCGCGCUGCGCGCGCUGCUGCACGCAAAGGCGCGGGGCGGGCGGGCGGAGGGGGUGGCGGACGAGGCACUACGCUUCGUGUGGGACAAGUACGACGCGUGGCAGCGCGAGCGAAACGGCCUCGACAUGGUCGACCUCGUCCGGGUGGCUGCGGAGGUGGUUCGGACGGUGGACGAGUUCCAAGACACCAACCCGCUGCAGAUGGCGCUGCUGGCGCUACUCGCGCCUGCCGAGCCCGGCCGCGUCACCGCCGUCGGCGACGACGACCAGUGCAUCUACGCCUUCCAGGGCGCGCAGGGCGCCGCCGCCCUCCGCGCCUUCCUCGCCGCCUUCCCUCGUGCGGAGAGGGUGACUCUCGAGCAAAACUACCGCUCGAGCGGGACGCUGGUGGCUGCGGCGGCGGCAGUCGCGGCGUGCAACAGGCGCCGCUGCGCCAAGCGCGCCUUCACGAGCAACGGCGCCGGCGAGAAGGCGCAGCUCGUCCGCUCGCUGGUUGCGGCGGGCUCGCCUCUCGCCAGCAUCGCCAUCCUCUACCGCAAGCAGCGGUGCGGUGCGGAGAUGCAGGCGGCGCUGCUGGCCGCCUCUGUCCCCUUCAACACGCGCCGGAGCAACUUUUGGCGCUCGCGGCAUGUGCAGGGCGUCGUCGGCCUCCUCGCCUUCCUCCUCCGCCCACACGACGAUGCGGCCUUCGUGGCGGCGAUCGAAGCACUCGAGCGGCUGCUGCGCCGGCUCGGCACGCUGCAGCUGCCCGCCCUGGUGCAGCAGCUGCGCGGAGGCGGCGGCGGCGGCACGGACGAGGCGCUCGAGGACGAGAGGAGGCUGGCGUACGCGCGGCUGAUCCUCUCGUUUGUCGCCACGGAGCCGAGCGGCGCGCCGGCGACGCCGUCGCGUUUCCUGGGCGAGAUCCCGGCGGCGCUGACCGUCGAGGCACAGAUGGAGAACGGCAUCCGCGUCAACCCCGACCUGCAGGCCACGUAUGCGGCCGGCAACACCGGGACUGUGACCAUGUCGCAGCUCGAGAACGGCCUCGUCGACUCCGACGACGACGAGGAGGGGCUGGCGCUCGACGCGGCUGAAGACGCGGCGCGCGGGGUUGAGGGCGCCAGCAGAGUAGCUCGCACCGAUCUCACCGCUUGUCUUCUGCCGGACACGGACACUGGUGUGUUGGCCAUAAAGAGGAGCGCAGAUUAA